AAUAUUAUUAUUUUUUAAAAAGAUGUUAGUGGCCUUGUGGCCUUAGCUUUUGUCUGAAGUUGUUUGUGAGCUUAUGUAGAAGAAUAAUUUUCUGUCCAAUAAACUAAUGCUCCAGCAUGAAUCAUUUCGAUGGUGACUUCUUGUCUGUCUCACUGUCUGUACAAGAGAUUAGUCAAAUGUUGCCACAGGUGGUUGUGUCUGUCGUUUUCCUUGGUUGGAUGCUCCUCUUAGUGGUGUAUCUCCUUUGUUGACUGGAGUUUGGAGCAAAUAGAGGAGGAGGAAAUGGAGACAACAGUGGAUAUUGUUAUAGCGGGUGGUGGAAUUGCAGGUCUCGCUACUUCUUUGGGACUUCACAGGCUGGGGCUGCAGAGCUUAGUUUUGGAAUCAUCCGAGUCUUUAAGAGCCGGAGGGUUUGGGUUUAUGUUGUGGAAUAACGCCUGGAGGGCACUCGACGCUCUGGGCGUUGCAGAUUCACUCAGACCACAUUCUCUUCCCAUUAAAGAGCUUCGAGUUUUCUCUGCAGAUUCCGGGCUUCAGACCUCAUCUGUGCCGUUGAAUGUGUACAAUAAUAGCCAAUCUAUGAGUAUAUAUAUCGUGUUUUAUUAGAAACUCUGAAAGUCGAUGCUUGAGAAGGAAGCUGUUACUCGAG